GUGGCGCCGGGCUCCGCCCCCUCCCGCCCGUCGUCGGCACGUUCCGUACGUACGGCGGGAAGCGCUGACGCUAUACGUGGCGGCGGCGUGUGUGUGACGCAGUUGCCCAUGGUAACCCCGGAGCCGCGCAGAGGAUGGGUUUACUGUCAAUCCUGCGUAAACUGAAAAGCGCCCCAGACCAGGAGGUGAGAAUCCUCCUCUUGGGACUGGAUAAUGCAGGCAAGACCACACUCCUGAAACAGCUGGCAUCUGAGGACAUCAGCCACAUCACACCAACACAGGGCUUUAACAUCAAAAGCGUACAGUCUCAAGGCUUCAAGCUGAAUGUAUGGGACAUAGGCGGACAGAGGAAGAUCAGGCCGUACUGGAGGAACUAUUUUGAAAACACUGAUAUCCUUAUCUAUGUCAUUGACAGUGCAGAUAGGAAGAGGUUUGAAGAAACGGGUCAGGAGCUGGCUGAGCUUUUGGAUGAAGAAAAGCUUAGUGGAGUCCCUGUGCUCAUAUUCGCUAACAAGCAGGAUUUGCUGACGGCUGCCCCUGCUUCGGAGAUUGCCGAGGGACUGAACCUACACACAAUCCGGGACAGAGUCUGGCAGAUCCAGUCUUGUUCAGCUCUUUCAGGAGAGGGAGUACAGGACGGCAUGAAUUGGGUGUGCAAAAAUGUCAAUGCUAAGAAGAAAUAAAGCGUUCUGAGCUGCAUGGAAAUGGAGGAGCGGUGGGAGCAGAAUUCUAGCCUGAAAACACUAAUUUGCUGCUUUCUGACCAAAUGUUUUUCCAUCUGUGCACAGCUACAGCUGUUAAAAGAAAAAAAAAAAAGAGAGAAAAAAGGGAACAACAUCGGUUAAAACCUACUGCUGGAUUUGGAACUUGACCCGCUCUUUAGUAUCGUUUCUUAUCCCAAUAAAGGAAUUAUAUAUUUCCUCCCUAUGCAUAAAUAGUAUUAAAUGUCUGAUUAGCAAGCAAGUUUGUAAGCAGAAGGAAGACUGUGAUUCAGUGUGGAGCAGAGGGAGUGGCGAGUUACUGUAGUUGCUUAGAUGCAUAGGACCUGCCCUAUAUGUGCGGGUUUGUGGUUGCUGAGGACAUGCUCAGGUGUCAGUCACAGCUUCCCCUCAGUGACAGAUAAAAUGCGGUUGUGUUACCAAUUGUGGGUAGUUUCUUAAAAUAAAGCUGCUAAGGAGUCAUUUGUAUAAUGAGGGUAGAAGACUUCCACAUAUUCCUAUAGCCAUAAAAGAGGAGUUUGAUCAUAACGAGGCACUGUUGCAUUGCGACACCGCUGUAGAAGGGAGAGAAGGGUUAUAUGUGUAUAAUUGAAGCUCUUUACAGUUGGAAUAAUGCAGCAUGAGCAUGCCUAGGGCUUUUCUCGCAGCUGAAGGAGAAUUUAGCCCAGCAUUUCACCUUGAGCCAGCAAAAACGUUCUUCCUACGUUCAGUAAGUUCCAUAUGUGAGAUUAGUCUUGAUGUUGAACAAUCCCUGUUGAUUUUCCCUUGAUGUUAAGGCAACUCUGCAGCAAAAUGCAAUUAAGUCCAUGAUUACUUUCUAGAAUGAGAUACCGGGUCCCAGGUUUCCUUUUUGAAAUGUGCAAAAUAUAUUCUCCUAACCCCCUUCCUCAGCAGGCCUUGCCUAGCCCUUCGAGGGACUCGGGGGACUGCCCCACGGCAGGCUGGCUGCCCGGGGCCUGAGGUCCCCCAGCCCGGUGCCGUCUGUGGAUUGCCCUGGUGGAGAGUAGGAGCCUGAUGAUCGGCAGAUGGGAAGCACUCUUUAGAACGACGAUUCAUUCUUCCCUGAACUGGCUUUCCUCUAAAAGAAUGCAGUUGCUGAAAUAGGAAAGAGAAUUGUGUUUUCCACCUCCUCAUCCCUGAUUCAAAUCUAGCCCCAGCUGACAGUGAGCAGGAGUCAUUAGCACGCCAAAACAGCCAUGUCCUGCAUGAAGCGAGCUUGGUGACUCCUGGGCCAGUUUGUAAUGCACAGAUGGUAAAAUAAUCCCACUGCCCUGCUUGCCAGCUUUGUUUGCUGCCUGCCUGCGAAAGGCCAGAGAAUGACUAGGGACUGCAUUACCCCUUCCACCUCUUGGAGACGGACCGGCGGGCAGUAUGGGGAAAGCUGCAUGUACUAAAGCAUGUGGCUUUACCACGCGUCAGCGAGUUGACUCAUGGACCCAGGCAGACGGCUGACACCCCUGGAGCUCCCAGCUCUUCGCUCCUCCCUUCCCCUGAACAUCUCCACCUCACAGCAGAAACAUCUGCACUGUACGUGAAGCAGCCCCUGGCCGCCUACAUGUUACAGCCUGGCAGAUUAAAAUCAUCUGGGGCUGAUUCCGGGUCCCCCCAUACAUCAGGAUGUACAGUAGCGGUUCAGGGGUUGAUCUGCCUGUAGUUCAGCUGUCUUUGCUGUGGCUGGGGGCAGAGGGACAGCUGGGACAGCAACUGCUUUAGCAAUCCAACUUUAAUCUGCCUGCCUUCGUGAGUCAGCACCCUCCGAGUGCAUCUGUCUCCAGCACCGAGGCAGGACACGCAUGCCGGAGUAGCACAGCCUUGCUUUAGAAACCAGACGACUGGGAGGGAAGAGCAGGCUCAAGUGAGCUGUUAAGCAAUCGCUAAUGACACAAAGUGACACAGCUCCAGCUUUGCAUGGAUUUAGUAAGGAGUCAUAAGAUGAGGAGAGAUGUUCAUUUAAACAUAGCUGGUUCAGUGACUCCCCAGCUGCAACGGCUUACCAGGAACGGUAGGAAUCUGAGCACCUGGGCCAGCCCGAGGAGGAGAAAUGCAUCCCAGCAUCACCUUUUCCUUGCAAUUAAUGCAUUCGCCUGAUGCAAGCACUGUAAAGAAUUGCAGCCCUUUCUUGUAGGCAUGCUUUGUGCUGGUUGAGUGGCAAGAGCUUUGUGACAGAUACUCCAGAGCUUUGGAUGUGCCUGCACUGCAUGCCAGAUGCAGAGUGAAAUGCUUGGGUACCCCUCCCGUGGCCCAGACAGGACAGAGCAAAGUCUCCUUGAGGGCUUGGGCAUUGAUCCUUCUCACUUGCAAGGGAGUUGACUUGGUGCUUCCUUGCUCCCUACUUUUUUACCAGUGGCAAACUUACCCUGUGACACCCCACCUGUGCCACAGUUAGCUUUUUGGAUCCAAAAAGCAUCCAGGAGGGUAAUUUGGUUUUUUAGGCACACAUUGGUUAAACUUGGAAAUUUGUGUAAAGUAAAUAUAUAGUAAUUUCCCUAUCGCUCCAGUUUGGAAGGAAAAAUUGUUUUACUGAACUCAGGAUCCAGAAGUGUUUGCUGGCUCAUUCGUUAUGUUUGGGAGUAGCUACACAUAUUGGUUGUGUGCAUCUGUACCAGCCAGAGCUUCACCUGUAAUCCAGUAGAUUAAUUUGGUUUACCUGCGCCAGGUAGUAAGAGAGGAAGACCAUGAUAGAGCGAGGUGUGCUGGGAAGAUGGAGUUGGAGGGUUACAAUUACUUAAGUAAAUUACCCUGCAGUGAUGGCUGUAAAUGCUCUUUGUAUUGUAAACAUCUCUCUGUGCAUGGACCUGGUGAAAAUGUAAAAGGAUUUGAGGUUCUGUUCACUUGCUGCUCCUUAUGUGAGUCCAUUUACAUCCGCUAUACCCUCUACAGGGCUCUCCUCCCUUGACAGCACCUGGCUAAAUACCACCCAUAAAACUGGCUGGGGCCAGCCAAAAACGCCUGCUGCCGUUCAACGAAACGCCUACCCCUCUCCCAGCCCUCCAGCUCCUGUUUGGUUUAUGGCAAUUGCAUAUGCAAGGCUUUGUCCUUCCAACUCUGUCUGCUUUGCCCUCCUUUGAGUGAGAUUCGGGGGAAGCAAACCGUCUCAUUGGUAUGGGUGGAGCUCUGCCACACGUCGCAUCAAUUCAUAGAUUUUUAAAGCCAGAAGGGACCGUUAUGUUCCUCUCUCCUGACCUCCCGCAUAACACAGCCCAUUAAAUGCCACCCCGUCAGUGCGGUGACUUGCGGUUGAAUUAGAGCACCUCUGGUAGGAAGACACCUGGCCUUGAUUUAAAGGCUCGGAGUGACAGACAGAUCCACCCCAGGCCUCGAGAAGUUUGUCGCAGGGGUUAAUUCCCCUCCUGCAGGGAGUUUGUCUCGCUUCACUUUCACAUCAUUAAAUCUGGUUUUACCUUUGAGAUAGAUGAAAGAUGCCUCUCCUGCCCCUUUGUGUUCUCUGGGGGUGAAGAGAUGAUGGAGAAGUGACAUUCUCCAAGGGCACAUCAGAGAACGUGGGUCCAAGCCCCUGCUCCGACCACAAUCGCUGGGCCUGGGGACUUUUGUGCUCCGGCUGCAGCCACGUUCCCCCUGCUGCAGCUCUGAUGGAGAAUGUCUCUUCUUGCCCUCAGAGAAUGCCUGCCAAAGCCUCAUGCAACCUCCCAUUUUUCCCCCUACUAAUACCGCUUCUUGCACGUUAAUGAAUUUUUUCCUCUGUCGAAAAUAUAACUGAUCACCAGACUUUUUUUAUUAAGCAUACUGGGAUGAGACCAGCCCACUCUAACUCCCCCUUGCCCCACAGGGCUCUUCUGCAAAGGCAAAAGGUGGUGGCUGUUGCAUUCCCUGGACUGGCGGGGUCUACACAAGCUCUUUCUUUUAUGUUCCCUUUUUGAAUUUCACCAAAAAGGGGUAUUUGCAAUAUCUGGUCAUGUUGUUACUCAGUGUAUAAUUUAGAUGUCUUUGUCAAAAAAAAGAAAUAAAUUAAAAUUUAGUAGAAAGACAA